AUGUCGCAACACCAACUCAAGCAAGGCUACGCACCUUCCCUGCAAUCAAUGUUUAAUUACCCUAUUCUCAAGCCCACUAAUCUUGUACGAUCUUCCCUACUUUUCGUACCGGAAUCUUCUCAAUUGUCUACUAAUCAACUUCCUGAUCCAUCUGUGGUUGUCUUGCCGAGUCAGCCGGCGUCAUACCCAUACUCUCAGAAUACGACGCGGUCGACUUCUGACGUCUACUUUGAUUCUGCAGCCCCAUAUUCUUCUCUUGCACGAGCUCCUCAGGCUGCGCUUCCACCCCCUCCCGCUCCCGUACGUCAUAUCGAUGGCGACCGGUACCGGACUGCUUCCUCAGAGUCUGCACGGAUCACUUGUAAAGCCAGCGAUCCCGUCCAAGUGCCCGACCUGAAAACUCAUUCGACAAGCGAUACCUGCGCUAUGGACGAGGAAGACUCGUCCUUCACGGAAGAACGAUCUUUGAUUACCUUGGGAUGGAUUCAUACGCAUCCUUCACAGUCUUUUGAUCUACAUACACAUUCUGGAUUUCAGCCCAUGCUUCCGGAGUCCUUUGUCGUUGUUUGCGCCCCAAAGUUCACUCCAAACUUUGGAAUUUUCCGCCUCACCGAUCCCCCAGGCUUGCAAACGACUUUGGACUGCAAUGUCAAGGAAGCCUUCCACCCGCACCCAGAGGUGCCGAUCUACACGGACGCAGACAAGGGCCACGUGCAAAUGAAAGACGUCCCGCUGGAGAUCGUGGAUCUGCGAUGAUGCAAGGCUCGAUGUUUUUCUGACUCAUUCAAAGAGUAAUUUGGCAUGUCGCGAAUGUAACUGGCUGCACAACGAUUGCCGUCAAUUGUAAUGGUUAAUUAUUACAGUAUUUUUUUACU